CCGGUGUAUUCGCGGAUCACGUCAUACCCAGUUAUUAAAAGCAAGAAAUUUACGACUUUUUAUCCUCCACCAAAGCGUUUCUACCGCAUCUACGACACUCAAGUGCCAGCGUAAGUUUAAGACUCAAACUCCCUUACCGAAGAAAACCUGCGAAGAGCAGGAGGAGAACAGCGGCAGCGAGAGGCCCUCGCCCGGCAUGGCCUCGCCCGGGGCAGCGCGGCCCGAGGGCGGCGAGAUCGAGCGCCUGGCAGCCGAGGCGCACGAGCGAGAUGUCGACGCGUGGCUGAAGGACGUCCUCGGGAGGAUCUCGAAGGAUGCGCGGGACGUCCUGGAGCUAGCAAGGACUCAGCGCCUGGGAGGGAUAACGGUGCGACAGGUGAUGGCGAGGGCCUGGGGGGACUUGGGUGGCGAGGGCGGUGACGAGGAGGACGGCGACGAUGAUGACGAAGAAACGAGGCUGAUAACGAUGACCCUGGGAGAAGAGGUGAUCGAGAGGAAGGUAAAGACACUCCUCGAGGCGGCGACGGACGAGAGGAGGCUGGCGACGGCGGCGGAGGACCUGGUGAGGGCGAUAAAAGGACGCCUCGCGGAAACGGGAGCGGGCGAAGGAGGAACGGGCACCCUCGCAGAACACGCGACGAGGGAGAUCACGCGUCAGUUGGAGAACGCGGCGAAGAACAUGGACGAGGUAAGGAGACUGUGCAUGAGCGUGGACUGCAUGACGAAGCGAGCCAUGGCGAUGGUCAUGAGGAAGAUCCUGGCAGUCAUGAGGACCCGCAUGACUCUUGACCUCGAGAAGAGCGUGGAGAUGAGGGUGACGGUGAUGCUGUGCGACUUCGUGACGGACGAGCGACGGAGGGAAAGGCUGGUCGACGGCCUCGUGGCCACGAUGAGGAAGGAGGGGAGGAGGAAGAGGGAGGAAGGAAGAGGGAAGGAGGGAGAGAAGCAAGAAAAUGGGGGAAAGUGAAGGCAGGAAGAACAAGAAAAUCUGAGGGAUAAAGAUUGGUAAAGUAAGGCAGAAGAGAAAAGAAAAAAACGAAAGCAGAAGAAAAAAACAGCAAAGACGAAAGCAAUGAAGUAGUAGAUGAAAGGAAAUACGUCAGUGAUAUGAGAAA